CGCGCGCGUCAAAGCCGCAAAGCGACCGACACAACAAUUCGCGCACCGUUGCGGUAUGAGAAUACCAGAUUCGGGCUGCAAAAUCGCCGAAUCCACGCCACACGCCCGAACUGUGACCUGUCGCGAAACGCAGCCGAGACUGCGAGGCAUCAUCGUCGCGCGCGCCGGGUCGCCUUCACGCCAGCCGUGGUGCGUGCGAGCGCCGCGAUUAUAACGCGCCGUCGACGCUCACCCAGCGCGCAGUGCACGCAGUGACACGGGCCCGCGAGGACGACGUACCGCGCCUCCGAAACCAGCAGGAGAAACACACCACAGCCGCCGUACCGACGCAGUGUGUGCGUGUGCAGAAGAGCCGCAGCAGCAGCAGCAACCCCUAGUGUGCGAAGUGCGACGUGAUGUGAGCGCGUGUAAACACGAGCGGCUAAAAAUAUCGAAGAACGAACGAACGCCCAGCGCGCGCCGCGCUGCACUUGCAAACAAAACAAAAGGCCAGCGCGCGAUCGCGCCCGGACUCUCUCGGUGGUGAUAGUGCGACGAGCGACAAUCCGUUGGUGGAUAAACCAGCCAGCCAGCCCGUGUGUGUGCAUACACAUCGCAUCGAGGACAUUAUGAAUAAGAAUGACGUCGCCAAGGAAAACAACUGAUCGUCUGCGCGCGCCGACGCACAAAUAAGGUACAAGAGCGGCAGUACAGUGCGUUCGAGCACAGCGAGAAGUAACGGUUGCGCGGGUGGCAGUAGCACCGCGGCGGCCGGUGGCGGUGUCGGCGCGGCCAGCGGCGGCGCACAUUAUCGCCUACUCGUGGGCGCGCGGCCCUCUUCGUGCGAAGUGCGUCGCGCCUACAAGGCGGCGGUGGUGCCGUGCAAGACGGGGCGGCGACGCGCCCGUGGCAUGAGCAUGGGCCAGAAGGUCUCCACCGGUGUUAAGGUCGUGAAUCGGGACACGGCCGCCCCAUACAAACCCGUUAUCCCUAGGGAACUAGCACAAGAUUUUGCGCGACCCCCCAGACUCGACAUGUUGCUGGAUAUGCCACCAGCGCUACGCGAGACCCAGCUGAAAUACAGCUGGAAUGCGGACGACCGCUCGUUGAACAUCUUCGUCAAGGAGGACGACAAGCUCACCUUCCACCGACACCCCGUCGCGCAAAGCACCGACUGCAUCCGCGGAAAAGUCGGCUUCACAAAGGGCCUGCACACGUGGGAAGUGUGCUGGAGCACACGACAGCGUGGCACACAUGCUGUCGUCGGUGUUGCCACCGCCGAGGCACCCCUGCACAGUGUUGGCUAUCAAAGCCUCGUCGGUAGCACAGAUAUGUCCUGGGGCUGGGAUUUAGGUCGCAACAAAUUGUACCACGACGCGAAGAAUAACGCGGGUGUUACAUACCCUGCGCUAUUGAAACCGGACGAAACCUUCAUCGUGCCGGACAAGUUCCUCGUCGUCUUGGACAUGGACGAGGGCACGCUGAGCUUUGUCGUCGAUGGGCAAUACCUGGGCAUUGCAUUUCGCGGCCUCAAGGGCAAAAAGCUCUACCCAAUCGUGUCGGCCGUAUGGGGCCAUUGCGAAAUCACGAUGAAGUACAUUGGUGGCCUUGAUCCCGAACCAUUACCAUUGAUGGAUCUGUGUCGCCGCGUGAUCCGACAGCGGCUUGGCAAGCAGCAUCUGGACGACAAAGUGACGUCACUGGCUCUGCCUGCCGCCCUGCAGACCUACCUGCUCUACCGCGAUCGAAGAUAAUAUCUGUUGCUGCGCCAGUUGCUCUACCAGCUGCAGCACCGUCAGCGGGCCGGCGAGCUGGACUCUGAGGACGACGAGGAUGACGACGCGACGGCCGUGGCUGCGGCGAUGGCGGAGGAGUAGAGCGCGCGGUGCCGUCUCACCGUUGCCCCUCUCACCCAUUUAACUUUUAAUGCAAAAUUAUAAAAGUGUACCCACAUACCACGUUCACUCGCAAAGGCAUAGCUCCCCGCCGGGAGGGAAGGCGAACGUACGAAGCACACGGAUUCGCGUGUGGAUGGCUUAAGUCGAGCGGAGCGCGAACGCGUUUAUCAUGGCUUCCAAUUAAUUUUUAUUUUGAGACACCCUCGCCGCCCCAAAUUCGCCCCGAACGCUCUCCGCGCACUGAGAAGCAGCUUUCAUUUUUUUUAGUUGCUUGACUCGUGUUUUUAUUAAAUAUUAUAGCCUUUCUUUCUUUAUUAUUUUUUUUGUUACUUAUUGAUAGUUGCUGCUCUUUAGCUGCUUGCAUGAAAUGAUGAAAAGACGACACGCAGACCAAACCGAAAAACGCAAUGUAAAGCGAAGCAAAAAAGAUCUCAUAGCAUAUUUAUGUAAAUGUAUUUGUAGAGAGCUGCGUUUCUACGAUUUUAAGAAGCGUUUAAGCGAAAAACAGAUGUGUAAAUAUGUGCCGCCGACAUUUGGGCGUUGACGGAUGUAAAUAGUUGGAAAACGAGGCGGACGCGUCACAUUGUCUUUGGACGGAGCAUGCGCGCGCGUCCGUCGAGUUCCGGUUUUGUUUGCCGUGAUCCGCGUCUCGUUUCCGCUCGCAGACAACCAUAGUUACAGCAACAUUUAAAUUUGAGACAAUUUCUGCGCGAAAACCAAGCGUACGCAAACAUCUGUGGGCAGUCUAGACUUAUUUUUGUAUAUAUUAUUCUUAAUUGCUAAAUUUAAUUAUUGUAGUUAGGUACUUUUUGUUUUAUCUCGACGGUCCUUUUUAUUGUGCAACUAGAAGAGAAACGAAGGGACUAUUGACUACUUGUAAUAUGUUUAGUUAUAAGUGCCAGUUUUACGCCCAUUCCCGGAGGUCCUCCUCCUUUCUCCCUCCUUCCCGUCCCCAAUGCUCCGGAAAACACACACACCCUUGGAAGCUGCAGGAAUUUUAUUAAUAACAUGAAAAUGUGCAAGAAAAAGGAGAUGAACAAUUGUGUGUUUAUGUAAUUUAUAAAAGUAAUAUAAGUAUUCGAAUGCUAAA